AUGGACCCUGUAAAAGAACAGGCCAGAAAGGAGGUGGAGGCUCUGAAAAAGAAGAAGAAGAAGAAGAGGAGUGCCCCAGAGGAAGUUGCAGAGGAGUCUGGAGCCAAGAGGGCGAAGGUAGCCCCAAUGGAGGUGGAGGUCCCUGCAGCAAAGGACGCCCCAGAGGUGGUGGAGAUCAUCCCAACGGUGGAGGUUGUGGAGAUUGCUCCACCAGUGCAAGUGGAGGCUGGGGUGAGUGAGGCGGCGCCGAGCGGAAGGGGACAGGUCCAGCAGAGGCCAGACCCCCAGGAAGGAGGGGAUUGUCCGGCGACGACGAUUUAUCACGCGCGCGCGGUGGCUGGAAGGUUAGAGGGAGAAGGAGGUCCAGCCAGGGCGGGGGCAGACCGCCUGGUGAAGAUUGUGGAGGAGGGAGCUCUGCGCGCAGCAUCUGGGUAUAAUGAGGCCGACCUGUUGAGGGGGUUAUGCUCCGCCCAAAUGGAGGUAACCACCUUGGCGGGGGCUCUUCUUAGGAAGGCUGGGGCUGCCAAGUUGAAGGCUGAGGAGGCCAGGGCCCAGUUGGCCAAAUUAAGGAAGGACAGUGCCGACUGGGAGACUGCCUACGCCGAUCUUCCAGCAGUCAAGUUGGAACUGGAGGACACACGCCGUAAGGUUGUGUCGCUGGAGUUCCAACUGGUUGGUGAACAGAAAAAGUUGGAAGAGUCUAAGAGGGCAUGCGCCGUGGCCGUCGAGCGGCACGAAGAGGCUAUGACCAGCAAUGAAGAGCUGGUCAGGCAAAAGGAUGAAGCGGACUCCAGAAUUGGAGAUCUGUUGAAAGAGCUGGGGGAGGAGCGCGCCAGGGCAGAGGAGGACAAGGGGAGGCUUCUGAGGGAAUGGGAGAUGGAGAAGGCGAAGGUGGCGGCGGAGCUGGAGAGUCUAAGGAAGGGGAUGGAAGAGGAGAGGGCGACGGCGGCUGCUGAAAGGGUGGCCCUGCAAAGGGAGCUGGACGAGGAGAGGGCGAAGGCGGCGUCUGAAAAGGCGGCCUACCCUGAUCUAUGCGUCGCAGCAGUGGAGCAAUAUAAAGGGUCCCCCGAAUUCCAGAUGGUGGUGGAUGCUGCCGUCACCAGGAGUCUGGCUGGUCAAGAGCCUGGGGGGGGGCUGAGCAAGGAAUCCGUGAAAUCCGUAAUCCAAUCCAGUCCAGUCCUGGGUCACCCUACAGGCGGUGAUGGGCAGGGGGUUGGUGGCAGGGCUACCUACGUCGAUCAAGGGGUGGCGGCCACGGUGGUUCUUCGUGCCAGAGAGGCGGUGGCGGCUCUGAAGAAAAAAAAGGAGAAGAAGAAGAGGGGAGCCCCAGAGGAGGCUGCAGAGGAGUCUGGGGCCAAGAGGGCGAAGGUGGGCCCAACGGAUGCGGAGGUCCCUGCGGCAAAGGACGCCCCAGAGGUGGUGGAGAUCAUCCCAACGGUGGAGGUUGUGGAGAUGGCUCCACCAGUACAAGUGGAGGCUGGGGUGGGUGAGGCGGCACCGAGCGGGAGGGAACAGGUCCAGAGGAGGCCUGACCCCCAGGAAGGAGGGGUUCGUGUGGCUACGGCGAUUUAUCAUGCACGCGCGGUAGCUGGAAGGUUGGAGGGAGAAGAAGGCCCAACUAGGGCGGGAGCCGACCGCCUGGUGAAGAUUGUGGAUGAGGGAGCUCUGCGUGCGGCAUCUGGGUAUAGUGAGGCCGACCUACUAAGGGGGUUAUGCUCCGCCCAAAUGGAGGUAACCACCUUGGCGGGGGCUCUUCUUAGGAAAGCUGGGGCCACCAAGUUGAAGGCUGAGGAGGCCAGGACCCAGUUGGCCAAAUUAAGGAAGGACAGUGCCGACUGGGAGACUGCCUAUGCCGAUCUGUCAGCAGUCAAGUUGGAACUGGAGGACACACGCCGUAAGGUUGUGUCGCUGGAGUUCCAACUGGCUGGUGAACAGAAAAAGUUGGAAGAGUCUAAGAGGGCCUGCGCCGUGGCAGUCGAGCGGCACGAAGAGGCUAUGACCAGCAAUGAAGAGCUGGUCAGGCAGAAGGAUGAAGCGGACUCCAGAAUUGGAGACCUGUUGAAGGAGCUGGGGGAGGAGCGCGCCAGAGCAGAGGAGGACAAGGGGAGGCUUCUGAGGGAAUGGGAGAUGGAGAAGGCGAAGGUGGCGGCGGAGCUGGAGAGUCUGAGGAAGGGGAUGGAAAAGGAGAGGGCGACGGCGGCUGCUGAAAGGGGGGCCCUGCAAAGGGAGCUGGACGAGGAAAGGGCGAAGGCGGCGUCUGAAAAGGCGGCCUACCCUGAUCUAUGUGUCGCGGCAGUGGAGCAAUAUAAAGGGUCCCCCGAAUUCUAG